AUGAAGAGGCCAAGCGCCAAAGCCAUGGCCAGCAGCGGCAUCGCCAAAAAGACCAAGGCCAAAGCCAAGACCAAAGCCAAGUCAAAGAUGAAGGCCAAAACGAAGUAUCAGGAGAGGAUGGAUGAUGCCCUGGAGGUCUGCCGACAGCUUAGCGAGGGUGAGCUGGCCCUGGAAAAUUUGGGGAAGAGCCCUGCGACUGAAGGCUACAAGCUGCUGAGAGACCUCCUGCCCUCCUGGCUCUCCAAGCACGAAAAAAUGACGGCAAAAAUUGUUCCACCGAGCUAUGACUACACCCUCUGGCGCUUUGCACAGGUGUGCAGCUUUGAGAUCGACGGGGCAGACAGCUUGUCCGAGGAGUCCCUGUGCAAGAUCCUUUUCUCUGAUAAGCAUGACAAGCGCUUCUAUACCAUGGGAGUCGAGAAUGGCCAUUUCAUCCGGGACGGCGCCCACUACUUCUACGAAUACCUUGUCAAGAAAAAGGUAGACCCGAAAGAUCUAGAGAAGAAGCUGAAAAUGAAGCAACUGAAAAUAGUGGAAGACUUGCUGGUUGCGUUUGCAGGUCUCCCUGAAAAGUCCUGUGCGAGUCAUAAGUUCUGGCGCUGA